UCGCUAUAUCCCCAAAAAUACAUUCGCACAUUGGGUCUGAUCGUUGAACCUGGCCGACAUGGCAGACCAAUAUCGGUCCUCUCUCGACGACCCUAACGUCUGGGUCCCUUAUCGUUACCACCCUUCACAAAUCGCAGCGAUAACCUUUGUUGUCGCCUUUUCUCUCACGACUAUUUUGCACAUCUUUCAAGUAUGCAAGAAGCGGACAUGGUACUUCAUACCUCUUGUCAUUGGUGGCAUAUUCGAAGUGUUGGGAUACAUCGGGCGCAUUUUGUCAACCAAUGACCUAUGGGCCUUGGGACCAUUCAUCAUGCAGUCGCUGCUUUUAUUGAUCGCUCCCGCACUGUUCGCUGCAUCCAUAUACAUCGUGCUCGGUCGGAUCAUUCUCUUGGUCGACGGCGAACAGCAUUCUCUGAUACGACAGAGGUGGCUCACGAAAAUAUUUGUGACCGGCGAUGUGAUCAGCUUCCUCGUUCAAGCCGGAGGAGGCGGCAUUCAAGCGGCAGGGUCUCUUACAUUGCUCCAUGCUGGCGAGAAGGUCAUUGUCGUUGGUCUGUUCCUCCAGCUUACCUUCUUCGGCUUCUUCAUCAUAGUGGCAGGACUCUUCCACUAUCGUUUUGUCAAAUCCAACGCCCAUUUGGCCUCUAGAUACUUCCAGGGGUCCACUACUCAACACUCUACGAAGCCCGCACAACAUUCUACCAUCAGCGCCCACCAGUUGCCUUGGAAGCGCCACAUGCAUGUGCUGUACAUCGCGUCUGGCUUGAUCAUGAUCAGGAGCGUUUUUCGCCUCGUGGAGUAUUUGCAAGGAAACAACGGUUAUCUUUUACGGCACGAAGUCUACCUCUACAUAUUCGAUGCUCUAUUGAUGCUGGUGGUGAUGUGCCACUUCAACUGGGUACAUCCGGCGCAAGUCACGGAUUUGUAUCAGAAGCGGGUCUUGGAAAGGGACAUGUAUGCAAUGGAAACGCGCGACAGGUACAUGCAGUACGAAGCGGUCUAG